ACAGUUUCUUCGUCUGGCUCAAAUUAUAGAUAUAUAUUUGGUGAUUAUUUGCAAGUCGUAUUGGUUAAUGCAGUCGUGGUAUGUGUUUGUAUACCAGGAAGAAGGUGCUGAAACUUGUUGCCUUUUUAAGAGAUAAAUGCUUGAAACUUUGGAACAGAGUCUAGAAUCGUUGCAGCACAUGGGAGAGUGCAAGUUUUUUCUUGAUCAUUAUUCAACACCACUUGCCGUGCAUCUGCCUGUUGUUUUUCUGUUUUAGCACAAACAUGCUUCCAGCAGGAUGCUUUCUUCGUGUAGGAUUCUUCUGGAAAUUCCACCAUCGACUUAUUUCUUUAGCUGCCAGAAUAAGUGAGUAUCGGAAGACAAGAAAACUGACAGAGCCACCAGACUGGGCUGACAAAUACCAUGAGAGAUUCAUACCAUAUUCAAAAGGUGUGCUGGUGAAAAUGCUUCUAAAGGAUUUCUAUGCAUCCACUAAGGAGAAAGAAGCCUUUGAAUACUUUAUUAAGAAUGUGGAUUCUUCCCUGUCUCUGGAAUAUCAUAGCAUCCUUGAAAAUCUUAAGACUGCUUAUGAGCCUAUAAACCCAGACCGAGAUACAUUACCAGAAAAUACACUUUCCAGCUCAGAACGGCUGUCCCAGGAGAGCCUAGUUCUUCAUAAAUUAUGUGGAGUCAUAGAACAAGCGAAUUUCAAUGAACUGCCAGAAGAUUUAAUUGCUUACGCCCUGAGUAAACACCAUUCCAUAGAUGGAACACAGGUAUAUGUAAAUAUUGAUCGCUAUGAAUAUAUGAAAUUCUGGGCUCUAGGACAGAGGCUUGGAUUAGUCCCAGUUAAACAGAAACUCCUGUCAAAAUUAAAAUUCUUUGGCUCAUCUACUACAGCAACAAGGGAGAGGAGAUAUUUUAAACGAGUUAUGGUGGCUGCACGACUGAAAAAUGGUCAUAUGAUCCUGAAAUCCUUUAAGGAUAUACCUCUCGAGUCAAUUGAACAGCUGCUGCCUGAAGUCAGGAUUCGCAUGUCCUUCUUUGACAAAACUCUGCUAAAUGCCACACUGCUCAUUGGAGGGUCUAUCAUCUUUGUCAACGUAGGCAUGGUGAUGUUAGCAGACUUAAAAAUUGGCACGUCCUUUCUUCUCUUUGUUUUUGCAGCUUUCAUGGCUUUUCGAACAUGGAAGGUGUUUGUUCAGAGACGCAAUAUCCACUCCCUGGAAUUGUCGCACACAUUGUAUUUUCGCAGCACAUCUAAUAACAUGGAUCUUCUUGUAGCACUAACCCAACGAGCUCAGGAAGAACAUACCAAAGAGAUGAUUCUUGCAUAUACAUUUCAGAAGAAGCUUCUCCCUCAGAGCAACCUUUCAGGUUCCAUUGGAGGUGAAACAAUGAAUGAGUUAAACAAGGAGAUUCAGCUGUGGCUGUAUUCUAAAUGUGGGCUCGAAAUCCAUUUCAACAUCUGCCGAGCAGUUGAGAACCUGCAGAGGUUAAAUGAAAGAGAGCAGACUGAUGAUCUUCAUUCCUUUGUUAAGUAGAGCUGAACACUUUAAAAGAGAGAAUGCACAAUCUCACAGCAUGGAUAAAACAGCUCUUCAUUACACUUUUUGCAAACGGUAUUUCAGUUUUUCAUAUAUUUUUAAUCUAUGCCAACUUAACACCUUUUUGAACAGUUCAUUACAAGAUCUUCAUUCAGCUCUUGGGGAAAUAUUUAUGACACAUAGGAGUUUUUAAAACAGUGGGCAAAUAUAAACUACUGUUUGAUUUAUAAAGUUGGCAACAUUUUUUUUUUCAAAAUUGUUAUAGCAUUGAGAUGAAAAGAAGAAACUGUCCUCCUUUUCAUAGCAGAUGCAGUGGAAACCAACUUUUUGAGAAAGGUUGUAAGAGGACAAGACUAUUAUAGGGAUAUUUCUGUAACAGCGUCCAAGAAGCAUUUUCCUAGUGGAUUGUGUUUAAUGGCCAUGACUACAGUUCAAGUUGUCUCAAAGCAAGAGAGAAGUGGAAAAAAUAAUGGUUGCAAAUCUUUGAAGAAUCAACAUAUUUGCCACUUUGGGAUGGGGGAGUUACAGCUGUUAUUAUCAGGUUACUGUGAAUGCAUGAAAAUGUGACAAUCAGCCAGCAUGGUGCCUUUUGUACUAUUGUGAUUGUGGAAGUUGUUGCAUGGUGAUGUAUGCUUGUGUAUGCCUUGUAUAUUUAGUGCUAAAGAGUCCUUCCUGUCUGUUUUUCUGCAUGUCUUAAUGAACCAAAAGUACAAUUGCCGAUGUACACUUUCCUUAAUAAUCUGAAACACUGGAAUCUCUUAAUUGUAUUCUACCACAGACCUUUGUUUUAAGAUUUAACAGUAAAGCAGCGGUUUUGGAAUUCAUGGUAAUAUGUUGAAUUCAAAAUUAGUGCCUGUUUAUUAUUAUUUUUAUUAUUAAUGAAUCGUCUCAGAUUUUCUGACAUAUCAACAUUUUAGAAUGCAUUCUUUUCUAAAACAAUUUAUAUAGAGAGUCUAUUUGCUCUUAAGCAUUCAUGUACACAGAAUACGAGAUUUUAUUUGAAAAUAGACUAUAAGGAUUUUUCAUACUUGCAUCUUUCCCUCAUCUUGUUACAUUCUUUCUUUCUGUUAAAAGCAACCAGUUUUCUUCUUUAAAUAUAAUUUAAACCAUACUUAGAAUUUUUAAAAUGUACUUUCUGAAACACGUCACAGUUAAUUAAUUUUUAGACAGUCCACCACACAUAAGCUGUAUUCUUUUCGACAGAAGAUGCUAGUGUAAUUGAUCUUCACAGUCCUUAGCUUUUAAAGUUCAUUACAUUUAUGAGUUGCAUUAAGGGCCAGGAGGUGAACUUCUUAUGG